CGUAGGAGCUACGUCUGUUUACAUGCUACUGCUUAGGAGCUACCUGUUGUUAGCUCGCAGUUUGUUAUCGGUAAACACCAUUAUAUCAGUAGGCUAUAUCCUUAAUUCUUCGGUCUGAGUUGUAAUUCAAAUGUAUUAGAUUGGUAUAACAUAAAACACGGAUUUUAUUUGGCCAUUCAUUACAGAAACUGGCUGGUAGUUCAGCAGCCCGUGCUGCUACAAUGGAGGGCAGUGCCAGCGUGAGGAAAGCGCUGUCAGGCUCUCUUGUCCCCGCCGCGGUCACAACGCUAGCUGUUCGACAACAACCGGAGGAGCAAGAGAAGGGGAAACUGAAGCGGAAUGUGCUGGAUGAAGAGGAAUACAUUGAGAGUUUGGAGAAGAUCAUAGAGAGGGAUUUCUUUCCAGAUGUGACAAAGCUGCAAGCCCAACAUGAUUAUCUGGAAGCAGAGGAGAAUGGGGACCUCGAGAGGAUGAGGGAGAUAUCUAUUAGAUAUGGCUCCUCCUUAGCGAAAUCCACACCUCAGUCCUCUGCACCUUAUGUGACACCAGCCAGCUUUGAGACACCAGUGGGUCGUUCAGCGUCACCCUCCUCAACCAUUGGUGGUAAAGUUGCUGCAUCUGGGAGCAAAGAAGGCAACGAUGAAGACAAAGAGCUUCCUAGUCUGGAUCGCUUCCUCGCGAAAAACACCAGUGAGGACUAUGCGUCUUUUGAGCAGAUUAUGGACCUGGCAAAGGACAAAGAGAAGCUAAAGCAUUCUUGGUUGUAUGAAGCUGAAGAGGAAUUCAAAGAGCGACGCGAGGCGACCCUUGCACUGCCAUCUAUUGAGAAGGGAGCGCUUGAGUGUGUUAAAGCUGGACUGGAAACAUGGGAAUACAAAGCGAAAAAUGCCCUGAUGUAUUACCCAGAAGGUGUGAAAGACGAUGAUGCUGUCUUCAAAAAGCCCCGGGAGGUCGUUCACAAGAACACUCGCUUUACCGGAGACCCAUUUAGCAAAGCUCUCAAUAAAAGUCAGAUACAACAAGCAGCUGCACUCAACGCACAGUUUAAACAGGGGAAAGUGGGUCCAGAUGGUAAAGAGUUGAUACCACAUGAUUCUCCGACUGUGAAUGGAUAUGGAUAUGAGAGAACACCCUCUCCGGCUCCUGGCGCAUUGGAGUCACCGCUGAUGACCUGGGGUGAGAUUGAAAGCACCCCUUUUCGCCUUGAUGGGUCUGACACCCCCUGUAUUGAGAGGAACCACGGUCCUUCAUUUAAGAUUCCAGAGCCUGGCAGACGUGAACGAUUGGGAAUAAAGAUGGCAAACGAAGCUGCUGCUAAAAAUCGUGCAAAGAAGCAGGACGCCCUCAGAAGAGUCACGGAGAACCUUGCAAGCCUGACGCCGAAAGGUGCUAGCCCUGCCCUCUCACCCGCACUACAGAGACUGGUCAACCGGACAUCCAGCAAAUACACGGACAAAGCACUAAGAGCAAGUUACACCCCUUCACCCUCACACAGAGUCGCCUGCAAGUCACCUUUCGGUGGUCUUGCCACUCCAACUGGUACACCAACGCCAACCAAAAGCAAGACGCCAAGCUCUCAGGACUUUACAUCCAUCACUGACAAUCUCCUUGAUCUUCCCAAGAGACGGAAAGCUUCAGACUUUUUCUAGAAGUAACCACUUUCCCCUGUGUGAAAGAUUUGUUUUUUAUAUUAUGGACAAUGUUGGAUUCAUCAAUUCAUUCAGCCGGACAUACAAAACAAGUGACCUACUAAAUGGGACACCGCCUGAAACGUGCCUGUACUAAUGUUUUAUUGUUUUGUUUCUGCUGGCAUGGUGUCAACUGGUUUGUUGUUGUUACUUUGAAAACUGGGUUAAGCAUUAGUAUUUUUUUCAUGGAGCCUGGAUUUUGUUCACAUCAAACCUAGGUGUUUAAACUAAGAAAAAAGCCUCAAAUGAGGGGACGUUUCCCUGUUAACCCACAACCUGUAAGAAUCUAAUAAAAGAUCAGUCAAAACAGUUUAUUGUUUGUGUGAACCAGGAGGUUGCGUGCUGAUAAGAAAGAGAAUUCUGGUGGAGGUGGAAGGCCUACUGUGUUGGUGCCGCAGCCAGCUUCCUUGAAGGAAACCUUUUUUUGGUGUACAGUGUUGAGAUGAGUGAAAUCAUAGGAAACGCACAUAGGCAACAGAGCUUUCGUUAACAAGCAUCUGAAUCGGUUAUUCAUUGAGCAGAAUGAAUUCCAUAAAGGCGUUUGUCUCCAACAAAUUGGAGUGAAACCUAUGGGAGUGUUUUGUUCUACAGCUCUGAAUCAGAAAAUGCAUUCAUUAAAACAUGCAUUGUAAAAUACACAAGGCUGAUGAAUGCUAAUUGUAAGGACUUUAUUGUUGAACCAAAUCCCAUCAGCACUUGCAUGUCCACUCUGCUUUUUUUUUUUUUUAAAGGAAAGGAAAUCUAAAUUUCAUUUUGAGUGUAUCAAUUACUGUCGUAUAUUGCCAACAAUACGUUGUAAAGACUGUCUUUAUUUGUAUUUGAGAAUUAGUGUUUGGCUGCUAUGCUCGUGUUGAGAUGAGGUGGCGUCUGUGUUAAGCCACAGAGGUACCUCGUGCCAAAAUAGUCUUCCGAUUAUUAGAGGGAGACUGAUAUCACGUCAUAUUUAGACUCAUUUUCUAAAGAAGUUCUGUUUAUGCUCCAAUAAAUAUACAUUUUGUUUGA